AUGGCUGUAAAAAUAAGGACCACCACAGGAACAGACGUCUGGCUCUCUCCAGGAACCUCUAUAGGAACUGGGCUUGAUGGAAACACCUCCUUUAGCUCUGGCGAUGCCCUCAAAUUUGACACGGAUAAUAUUACUAAAAUAGUUGGUACUGAAGUAGCCAUAGAAGCUAUCGAUAUUAACGGUAAAGGCGCAGAGACCCCCACUGAUUUACAAUUUAUUGGAGAAUGCUCACUUGGCUCUGUAGUAAAUUUAGUUAAUAACCAGCAAAUGACAGUAACUAUAGGCCAAGCGAAAGUGGAAGAUAUAAAGCAGGAGAAUAUAGAAGCAGCUCUUAUAUUAACCGGUAAAUGUAGUAUUCCAGAAUUUCAAACAAAAUCCAAUAAUUAUACAGCAAUAUCAAAAAUUGUUUUUGCUUCUACUAACUCCACAUUAAGUGUAAAAUCUGCCGAUAACCAACCAAUUCACUUUAAUGGUAUAUUUGGGUAUAUGAACGGAACUAAUCAGGGCUCAACCUUAAAUGUUAUUAGUGAUUUUUUGGUUCAGGACCCAAAUAUUGCUUAUACACACAAGAUAAAUAUUGGAUCCAAUGAGGGCACUACAAAACCCGCAAUAUUGAAUGUGAAUUAUGGUAAAGAGGGUAAUGGUAAAGAGGGUAAGUUUGACCUCUUGGUUAAUGCAGGAAUAAUUAGUUUUUUACAUCCAGACUCAAAAUUACAACUCCAAAAUGAUAAAACAGAUGAGGCAAACCGUACAAUAUCUUUACAUCACGAUUUAGCUUCACAAGAUAAUGAGGGUAUAAUUGAAUUUAACACGAUUGAUAGUAAAAGUAUAACAACAAUUUCGGACGUGGAAGUGGAAGGAUAUCCUGGGUAUAGAAGAGGAACAAUUGGUAAGAAGGAAAAAAAAGGGGUAAGUAGACUUACUUUUAAUAAAGAAGUUACUGCUAAUGUUAAUUUUCACGAGGCUAGUACAGUGGAUGCUAAGGAUAAUAUCAUAGGGAACAUAGACUAUAAAAAUCUUAACGCUAAAGUUACUAUUGAGGGUGGUAAAAAAAUUGAUGGUAAAGUGAUUAGUACGGGUGGAAAGAAGGGAGAAUUAAACUUUCCAACUGGUGGUGAAGUCACAGGAAAUAUUGGCGAUGACAAAAAUGGCAUAAAGAUUGUUAAUCUCAAUAAAGGAACGUUGAAGUUAGCUAACGCCGUGGCGGAUAUUAAUUUUAAUGGGGCUAGUAAGUUAUAAGGUUAGAAAUCGGUCCACUCUCUUUUUCGAGUAAAAAUGGUUUCCUAUCAACGAAAAAUGCAGCAGUAUUCAUUCAAUCCCAGAUGACAUCAGAUACAUUUGUUCACUAAAAUCCCGUUAAUUUCUGGACAGUACCAUUCCCAUCGGCAACGUCAAAAUCAGCCCUACAUGAUGAGUAAACGCUGCUUCUCUCAUCCUUCUUACACUCAAAGAGACUAAUAAAACACAUGAAUCAAUAGUCCUUGAAGUCACACUCUACACAGACAACAGUCUUAAUGUAUGUUAUAUAUGUGUACCGUACAUUGCAACGUGAGCACACACUAUAUAUAACGUGAAUAAGAAAAGAAAAUGGAAAAGAAAAAAGAAAAGAAAAUCGCUAUUUGUCGCAGCUCUUCUUACACUCAAAGAAAACGAAGAACUGCUCAUUACUAUUGUCUGUGUCACUUGUACUCUGACUAAAUUAAGCAUCUUCUCCCACCUAUCUCUCUCUCGCUCUGUCCUACCACCUAACUAGUUCAAAAUAGUUUCAAAAAAAAUAAAGUUAUUUACAAACAUGGAUUAAUAUACAAGAAUAUCAAUAUGUGUCAGUACAAAUAGAGAAAAAUAAAGAGACAUCAAUGAAAAUCUGUCAUAGAGGGAUCAAUCUAAGAAGUCAUUCUGACCCAAUUGCUAUUUACAAGCUUUUUAUGAUGUGUUAACAUUGUUUUAUAGAUUUUUGACUAUUCUGUACAACUUGAGCACAUCAGAAUGCUGAAAUGCCUUGGUUAAUUUUAAAGGCUUAUAUAACUUUUGAUUGAUUCUGUCUGUAAGACACAGAAAAAGACGGAGUUAAAAUGUAGUCAAGGAGUGGGCGCAACUCAAAAGUUAUUAGUGCUCUGAAAGUCCAUGAACUCUUCUCUCUAGCAGAUCUCACUUCAAAGUCUAAAACUGCA